CGCGGUGCCUGAUGGGCGGUGGCUAACGGAUUGGUUGUGGGGAACGGCGGCGUGGGAUUGGCUGUUCUCCGAGCGCUUCAUGGCUGCGUCCUCUUAGAUCCUGUACCCAGCGGGCUUCUGAGUGGUAUGCAGAGCAGGGAGGUACUGCCGAACAAGUCUGUAUUAUCCACUUUUUCUUCUUAGAGCUGUGGAUAUAUAAAGCAGGAGGCCUGAUUGCUUAUGAGGGGAACUCAGAAGCCCACAGAGCAUUUAGGAUGAAUCCAGGAAGAUACGAGUCUUUGGAUGACCUGCCUGACCUUUACACUAUCUUCAGAGGAGAGGUUGUUACAGUGACAGAAUAUGGAGCUUUUAUCAAAAUUCCAGGCUGCAAAAAGCAAGGCCUGGUCCAUCGAACCCACAUGUCAUCCUGUCGAGUGGACAAGCCCUCGGAGAUAGUGGAUGUUGGUGACAAAGUGUGGGUGAAGCUUAUCGGCCGGGAGAUGAGAGAUGACAAGGUUAAGCUGUCCCUUUCCAUGAAAGUUGUCAACCAAGGGACUGGGAAAGACCUUGACCCCAACAACAUCAUUACUGACCAAGAAGAGAGAGGCGGAAGAGGUCCUUCAAGGAUUAAUACAGGGCAGAAGAUAACCCUCGAGGCUGUUCUGAAUACAACCUGCAAGAAAUGUGGCUGCAAAGGUCAUUUUGCCAAGGACUGCUUCAUGCAACCAGGAGGCACCAAAUACAGCCUGAUACCAGAGGAGGAGGAGGAGGAGGAGGAGGAAGACGCAGCAGCAACAGAACGUGAGGGAAGGGAGAAGUCUGUACAUACAGAAAAUACUUCCCAGAAGAGAAAGAAGCUUCUCACUGCCCCUCAGUGUGUGUCCUGCUUGUGAGCCUCCCUAGUUGGCUCUGGGAGUUCAGACUGGGAUGAGAUGGCAAGAAAAACCAACCCAAGUCACACCACCAUCACCUUCGCUCUGCUCCGAUGGGCAGGAUGUCAUGGAAGGCACUGGCAACACAAAUAUCAAAAGAAAACAGCUUCUGCCCUCUGGGAUCUCCCCUAUCCUGACAACUUCUGUAGAAGAGAACGGCUGAGGGCUGGGUGGCAGGGGCAAUAAUCCUCUAUUUUACAGAUGGGGAAACUAAGGCACACAGCAGUGAAGACAUUAGCCCAGUGUCCCAGGAUGGAUUAUAAGGGAGCUUUAGAACCUUUUGCCCAAGGAGUCAUCAGAUUAAUGCCGGCAAUACAAGCUAGUAAUACCUUAUCUAUGAUGCCAGAAAUACCUGGGUGUAACUGUGAGAAGAGUAAAUGAUUACCAGCUCCUCAGUGGCCCUUCAUCCCUGCUCAGCCAGAAACCCAGCCAGAGAAAAACUGAAGUACAAGGCAAUUAACAUUGGCAGGCAAUGAGGUAUGAUGAAAUGAGGACCUGGAUUCGAAUCCUGCCUCUGGCAUAUACCUGUAUGACCUUGGGCAAGUCACUUUAUCUCUCCUAGCCUCACUUUCCCCAUCUGUAAAAUGAGGGGUUAGACCAGAGGGCCUCUGAGGUCCCAGUCCCCUUCAACUCUAGAUUUAGAGUCUUGUUAUAUAAUAAAUACAAAGAGUAUACAGUUUGGAGUCAGAAGAUCAAGGUUCACAUUCCUGUUCUAGGAGGUUUUUGACCUGGAAUAAAUCAUUUCCCCUCCCUAGGCCUCAGUUUCUUCAUCUGUAAAACGAAGGCAUUAGACCAGAUGAUCACUGGGGUCCUUGCCAGCUCCAAUCUAUGGCCUCCGAUCUCUGGAGAGAUGCUGUCCAUGGAUCUCUGGGCUUGCCACGUCCUUCUCCAUUCCUUAAAAAGGAAGAGCACACACACAGCUCUCCAGCCCUAUAAAUUUAACAAGCAGGGAGAGGGUAGCAGUUAGACCCUGCUCCGUUGCUUCAUUUUGGCUAGAGGGGCUGUUCAAGAAGCCUCGUGCUGUGUGUCUGUCACCAAGGCCAGCCC